GUGUACUUUAAAACCCUCUCAAAACCCAUUCUUCUAAACCCCUCCUCGUAAUUUUUUCCCACCUUUCUCUCUAUGUUUUCUCUGGUUGACCAUGUCCAAAUCAUUGAAGCUAAUCAAGGAACAUGCGUCCAACCCCAAACUCUGGCUGGUGAUCGGAUUAGGAGUUGCCGGGAUCGUGGUUCUGGCAGAGACACGGCGGAGAAGACGGCGAGGGAAGACACACAAACAAGACUUUGGUGCUUUUGUUGAGCGUUUUGAGCUACCUCCCUUCCCCCAGCCUCCACCUCCUGUAGCCAAGCAAAUGCUCUCUGCUCUAACCUUCGCCAUAAACGACAUAUUUGAUGUGAAGGGCUAUGUGACGGGGUUUGGAAAUCCUGAUUGGAAGAGGACACAUGAGACGGCGGAGAAGAAUGCAGUUGUGGUGACUGCUCUGCUCAAGAGCGGGGCCACUUGUGUUGGCAAGACUGUUAUUGAUGAAUUGUCUUUUGGGAUUUCUGGUGAGAACAAGUAUUAUGGAACUCCGACGAAUCCUCAGAUGCCAUCGUGUAUCCCCGGAGGGUCUUCUAGUGGUUCAGCAGUAGCUGUUGCUGCAGGGCUUGUUGACUUUGCCAUUGGUACUGAUACUUCAGGAUGUGUAAGAAUUCCAGCAUCAUUCUGUGGUAUUUUUGGUUUUCGACCAUCCCAUGGGGCUGUAUCUACUGUUGGAAUCCUUCCGAAUGCACAAAGCUUAGACACUAUUGGAUGGUUUGCCCGUGAUCCAUCCGUCUUACAUCGUGUUGGGCAUGUUUUACUUCAAUUGAAUUCAGUGGACACCAAAAGGUCAAGGUGUAUCAUAUUUGCUGAUGAUCUCUUUCAGUUAUGUGAAGUUCCUACACAGAAGACAAUGUAUAUUAUUGAUAAAGCUAUUAAGAAUAUGUCUGGGUAUUGUGAUCCAAAGCAUAUGGAUAUUUGUCAGUAUAUUGAUUCAAAGGUGCCCAGUUUAAGGCUUCAUGAGCAACCAACACGCCAACAAAAUGGAGCAUCUACUUUAAAAGCUCUCUCUUCGGUUAUGCUCUCAUUACAAGGGUAUGAAUUUAAAACCAAUCAUGAAGAAUGGGUUGUAUCAGUCAAACCCAAGUUAGGUCGUGGUGUGUCUGAUCGUGUUAUUGCUGCCAUUAAUACUACACAUGAUAAUAUAAAAGCCUUGUAUAAAGUCAGGACCGAGAUGCGAGAUGCUUUUCAAAGUCUGUUAAAGGUUGAUGGAAUACUAGUUAUUCCCUCUAUAGCAGACAGUCCAUUAAAGCUUAAUACAAAGAAAGGUUCUUCUGAGUUCCAUGACAGAGCUUUUGCAUUAUCGAGCAUUGCUAGUAUGUCUGGAUGUUGUCAGGCUACAAUUCCAUUAGGAUAUCAUGGUGAUUGUUGUGUUUCUGUUUCAUUCAUCUCAUACCAUGGAGCUGAUAAAUUUCUUCUAGAUACGGUCUUGGAUAUGUAUACAACUCUUCAAGAGAGAAUUAGUUUUGGCUCCUAUUCCUUACCGUUACCAGAUACCAAUGGCAACAGGGAAACUUCUGAACUUUUAAAGGAGAAGGGAAAUACAGCAUUCAAAGAAAGGCAGUGGAAUAAGGCUGUUAAUUACUACAAUGAGGCUAUCAAAUUGAAUGGGAUGAACGCAACUUACUACUGCAACCGUGCGGCUGCUCACAUAAAGUUAGGAUGCUUUCAGCAAGCUGCAGAAGACUGCAGUGUGGCAAUAUUGCAUGAUAAGAAGAAUGUGAAGGCAUAUCUGAGACGUGGAACUGCCAGAGAAUCACUACUACGUUAUAAGGAGGCUCUUGAAGAUUUCAAGCAAGCUCUUAUUCUUGAACCACAGAAUAAGGAUGCUAGUCUUGCUGAGAAAAGAAUCAGAAAAUUGAUGACUUGAUAUACCUAGUGUACUUUUUAUCCCAUGACCUCCCUCCUCCCUCUAAGAGUAUGUCAAUGGCUGUGGAAAUAUGUGAUUAUGGCUCCUUUCUUGCACCGAGUACCUUGGGAGUGAAGAUGAAUUGAAGAAGAGAAAGAAAAGAUGAGCCUCCGUUGAUGAGGUGCUGCAUUGUUCUCAUUUUGUGCAUGUCUUGUAAAAAAUCUUAUUCAACCCUAAUAGGUUAUGCCUAUAAUUUUGGAUCUGCACAUGUAAGGUUGGCUUAGAAGAGAAACCUUGGGACAAUGGUUGAUGUUGCCAUGUGACCCAAAGUCACGAAUUCGAUUCAUGUUA